GAUCUGGUGUGCAGACAACUCUCUCUCUCCCUCUUGCGUGCACAUACACAGCGACAUUCAAAACACACUAGGGAUGCGGGAUGACGCAGUGAACAUUCAAUCACAAGGCAUGAGCGUCACAGAUCCAUCGCCCCCUCCAGGCUUAGCAAAGUGAGAGACACAUACGAGAAAGAAAGAGGUCCCUCCCCCAGAACUUGUCCGUUGUGUCAACUAGCUAGCUGGCGAGUAGGCUCUUUCCAGCCUCUCCAUACACCACACAAGGCAUGCAGCCACCCAUCGACCCACCCACCAGUCACCAUAGACCCACAGCGACGAAUUGCUUUGCUACAGUCACCAAAGGACAACAGGUCCCCUCCCCCUCCCGACACAAGGGACGCGCUACAUGCCUGACUUGCGCUUGCUUGACUUAUGUGACCCUCCCGUCCUCUCCCUCUUGACCCGGCUGCCGCCGUGCGACGAACGAGACGGCCGCUCAGAUACUGCACACAACACAACACAACACAAACGCCCAUCAACCGUAUGAUCAUGACGAGCGACUUUCCGCCAUCUGCCUGUCUGUGUGCGUACCGUUGGUGUAUCCCGUGGUCUCCGCCUCGGCGUGUGAGGGCAUCCCUGGCGGCGCCGGGGUGCCCGCUCCUGACCGGCCGCCCGCCUUGCCCUGCUUCUUGAUGCAGUCGGGGCAGAACCACUCCUCGGGCAGAGGCACGUCGGGGGACAGGUUCUGACGUGAGAGAGAGUCAACACACACAGCCAAGAGUCAUGUGUGGUCUACCUACCCACCCUUCGAGCCGCCCCCUGUCUCACUCACCACGCAGACAUCGUGGAACCACCUGCCGCAUGGCCCGUCGCAGCCGACCAUGUUUUGGCUGCUGGUGUGGGACACCUGCCCGCAUACCGGACACACGUCAGCAGCCGUCUCCUGCUGCGCCACCCCGCCCUCCACGGGCAGCCCCUCCUCGCCAGGUGCCAGCGGCACCUCCGUCUUGACCUGCACCUGAGCCGCCGCAGCAGUAGCCGCCUGAGCCCUGCCCUUGCGCGACUGCUGGGAGUUGGUGUUGAGGGGCUUAUCGUCGUCAUCGAGGAGAGGAGGGAAGGGGCUGCCCGGCGGGGGCUCGAUGCCUGGCGGAGGGGGCGCCAGGAACGACGACGCACCUGAAGCGAGAUCCGGUCAGAUAGGUAUAUGCAGUGAGUGUUUAGGUGAGUGAGAGCAUGGAGAUAUGCUGUGUCGUGUUGGUACCGGCAGCACUGGCGGCGCCCACGCCCGCCAGCUGCUUGGAUCUCUUGCUUGGUCUCGGCUUGGCGCGUUUGUGUGCCGGCCCGUCCACAUCGCCCGCCACGCUGCUCCCGCCGCCACCCACACUGCCACCCGCCGCACCAGCCACCAGGGAUGCAACCUGACCGAACCAUCGACCACACGGACAGAUGUGUGAGGGUCUGCACAAAGAUCGUGUUCCUGUGUGCCGUGUUGGUCAGGUACUGACCUCGUCUCUCUCCCUCUUGACUCCCUCCAGCGGCAGCAUGCCCUCCUCUGGAGGUGCCUGCCGCCACUGCCCCAGCUCACGGUUGAUGUUCUUCAACUUGUUUUGGUAGAAGUGCAGCAGACUCGCCAUCUUCUCGACCACGCGCAGCUUCUCCUCCUGGUGCGCCCGCUUGGUCAUCUGCAACUCAGCGAUGCGGCUGAGAUCUUCUUGCCGAAACGCUUGCCCCGUCUGAUCCAAGUCACGCUUGGCGCGGCUCUUGUCGUCCUUUGUGUAGUCGCGGAGGGCGCUGAGGUACUCGUUCUGGGCCGUUUCCAGCUGGUUGUUGACGAUGUUGGCCUUGCGGUCAAGGUCUCUCACAAGCGCCAGGUUGCGCGUGAUCCAGCCUGACACACAGCAAGAAGUGAAUCCACAGCACAUGUGUGUGUGUGUGUGGGAUGGGUCGUCUGGACUGGCACGUGCAGGCACACCCUCACCUGGCAGCGGCGCCAGCUCCUCGAUGAAGUUCUCAUAGAGGUCUUGGGCUUCGUUCUGCGUUGCCGGCGACGAAUACAUCGCUGCAAACUGAUGAAACGCUUUAGAUAUGCAGCGGGGGAAGCGUUGGAAAGGAGAAGCUCUCUGCAAGCCAAGCUCGCAGCUUGUCGCGAAAAAAACAGGAAAGAGUCCAUGGUGAUUUGGUGCACUUGUUGCCCCGGUUGCCAGUGUUGCCCUUUCUCGCCUCAUGCAGCAAGCGUCACGAAUCGAGUGCGCGAUGGUCAGUCGUGUUUGAAUGACGAGAGAGGCUCACGCAAAGCAGAGAGGCUACUCAAGUACAGUACUCGCAUCAUGAUUGUUCUGUCAUCAUUCUCCCUUGGCGAAGUCGGGCGGCCUGCUGCAUGAACUGAAUGAAACAAGUCAGUCAAUAAACUGAGAGAUGGAUGGAUGGUUCCAAUCUCGUUCUUCCAGUCAUGCGUGUAUGCAUAUGGACCUCAAUGGUCACCCCAUAUUACGUAUAGGAGAAAUGCACCAACCCGCCCACGUCACAG